AUGGCACGCCUCACUGUCGCCGUGGCAUUAGCCAUAACAUCUCGAUUCGGUCUUUCCUUUGCCGCAAACGAGGCUGCUCUCCAGGCUUGCCCUACUGAUGAGACUGCCUUCAAUACCACAACAGGUAUCAACUACAAUAUCUGCCCCGGCACAGACCUGGUAGGCAAAUCAGAACGGGAAAUAAAACAGAUCAACACAGUCGAAACAUGUGCCUCGUUAUGCGAAGAAGACGGCCUGUGCUUGAAGGCUGUCUAUGACACGACCGGGCAUGUCUGCCAUAUCAAGUCGACGGAGGACGACCUGACCUGGUCCGAGAAUACGAGAUUUGACACAGUUUAUAUCAGCAAUAAACUUUCCGAAACAACAGACAUUGCGAAUUGUCCCUACACAGAAACGUCCUACCAGGCGGAGUCGGGAGAUGGGUUCUCGCUCUGCCUCGGCACCGACCUUCGCGGCAAUGACUUGCAAACCAUCGACAAUAUCAACAACGCCACCGACUGCGCAAAGCAGUGUUCAGGUAUUGAAGCUUGUGCCAAAGCCGUCUACGACACCGCAGAUUUGGUCUGCCAUAUUAAAGGCGCCGAUGACGAGAACCAAAACACAUUGAUUUGGUACACCAACAAGAGAUACAACGUCAUUCAACGCAAGACUGUCUAUAACCCAGCUAUCAAGGGCAAGUGGUCGGAUCUCAUCCGACUUCCAGUCAUUCCAGUUGCCGCUUAUAUAGUGCCUGCAUUUCCAGCCCCCGAGCGUAUGCUGUUCUUCUCGUCGUUCAAGGCUUUUGACUUCAGUGGGGCAACAGGGAAGACACAAUUUGGUGACCUGAACCUCGGAUCCGGAGAGGUCUCCCAGCGUGAAGUCGCCAACACACACCACGAUAUGUUCUGUCCUGCUAUGUCCUCGCUGGAAGAUGGUCGAAUGGUUAUCAGCGGUGGUUCCGAUGCUGAGGCUGUGAGCAUCUACAACCCAGAGACCAACGAAUUCACCCGUGCGCCAAACAUGAGCAUCGCGCGUGGCUACCAGUCUUCGUGCACGCUCUCCGACGGUCGUAUCUUCACGAUUGGUGGGUCAUACUCCGGCGACAGGGGCGGUAAGAACGGUGAGGUCUACGACGCAGACACCAACGAGUGGACUUACCUGCCUGACGCCGCAGUCGAGGACAUGCUCACGGCCGACGAGGGUGGAAUCUGGCGACAAGACAACCACGGAUGGCUGCUUGGCUGGAAGAAUGGAUCCGUUUUCCAAGCUGGUCCCUCCAAAGCGCAACACUGGUACGGCACCGACGGAAAAGGCUCAGUACUUGAGGCCGGUACCCGCGAUGAUGACGACGCAAUGUGCGGUGUCUGGGCCAUGUACGAUGCCGUUGCCGGAAAGAUCUUCUCUGCUGUCGGGAGUCCGGACUACACCGACAGUGACGCCAACAACCGCGCUCAUAUCACCACCAUUGGAGAACCGUGGGAGCCUUCUCAGGUAGAGAGGAUGCCUGAUCCCGCUUACCCACGUGGAUUCGCGAAUGCCGCCGUGCUGCCUGAUGGAACUAUCCUCGUAACAGGCGGGCAGAAGAGGUCUCUUGUUUUCACGGACACGAAUGGCAUCAUGUACCCUGAGCUGUUCGACCCUGUUAAGCAGACAUGGACGCAGAUGGUCCCAGAAGCCGUGCCGCGCAACUACCACUCCAUCUCCAUCCUACUCCCUGACGCCACCGUCUUCAGUGGAGGCGGCGGUCUCUGUUGGGUUGCAUCCAUCACGGCCGAUGACUCAGGCUGCGACCGCACUGUUGAUCACCCAGACGGCCAAAUCUUCAGUCCUCCAUACCUUUUCAAUCCCGAUGGAUCAGCUGCAUCCCGGCCUAAGAUCGACACAGUAUCAGCCACCAACGCCACAGCAGGAGCCACGCUUAAGAUCGUUGUGCAGAAUGAAGACGUCGCCGGGAACUCCACGCUUGUACUCAUGCGCCUCGGCUCCGUCACCCACUCCACCAACUCCGAUCAGCGGCGCGUGCCUCUCGUUGAUGUUACCGCAACAGGAACGCAGAUGGCUGGCGACAUCGGCCCAGACGGGAACAUCGUCAACCCAAAACCCGUUGGAACCGAGUACACGGUUGUCCUGCCUGAGGACUACGGAGUUCUGCUCCCUGGAUUUUACUACCUUUUUGCUAUCUCUGCAGGUGGUGUGCCGAGCGUGGCUAAGACAGUUCAGAUCAUCUUAUAA